CUAACUUGACUGUGGACACAAAAAACUGCGAAUCAAGGAGAGGGACAGCGCCCAGAAUAACUGUAAACCUCUGCUAACUGUGUGGAGCAUCGUGUUGGAAAUGAGACUCUGGUCAUAUUCUUCGGGGUGUCGGACAUUAACACAGAGGACAUGUCCUUCGGUUUGUUAAAGCCACAUUGCUACACUCAACUCUCCAAGCAUGCUACAGUAGUGACGAUCUCUCUCUACUCCGCAGCACUGUUUGAUCCAAGAGAAACGUGCCUUGUAAGGAAGCAGGAUGUUCACAGGCUCCACCAAACUGCCACCCACUAAAACCCCGCAGCCCGAGCGGCUGGAUGAAGUCUACGCUGCCUUACGCAGAGGCUUACAGUCGUACCUGCAGGUCCACCAGCUGGAGCUGGAUAGUCUGGGUCAGCAGACCAGAGAGAACAAGAGGAACGGUCGUCUGGGGUCUUUGUAUGAGCUGGAUAAGCAAGUGAAAGCCAUAGAGAGGUUUAUGCGCCGCCUGGAAUUCCACCUCAGCAAGGUUGAGGAGCUGUACGAUGCUUAUUGUAUACAGCGGCGACUGCGUGACGGUGCAAGUAAGAUGGUGGCGGCCUUUAACUCCGCCACCGGCAGCAAGGAGGCCAGAGAGAGCCUGAGUGAAGCCAACAAGGGCUACAGGGAAUGUACAGAGCACAUGUGCUCUCUUGAGAGUGAAUUAGAAAGCCAGAUGGGAGAAUUUCAUGUCAAGAUGAAGGGCCUCGCUGGCUUUGCACGGCUGUGUGCUGGUGACCAGUAUGAGGUCCUAAUGCGCUACGGGCGACAACGCUGGAGGCUACGAGGCCGCGUGGAAGUCAGCAACAAGCAGAUAUGGGACAGUGAAGACUACAUCUUCCUGCCUCUCGUCACAGAACUGCUGUCAAUCAAGGUGACAGAGCUGAAGAGCCUGGCUAAUCACGUGGUGGUGGGCAGCGUGUCCUGCGAAAUGCUCGACCUGUUCUGCCCGCUUCCCCAGACGCUCGCCGUGGAUAUCAACGACCUCGGGACGGUGAAACUGAACUUGGAGGUCACCUGGAGUCCGUUUGAUAAGGACGACCAGACAUCCUCCACCAGUACAGUUACCAAACGGCUGCUGUCCAAUCAGAGCCCUCCUGACACGCCCUCUAUGCGGGAGCAGGUGUUUUAUUCUCUGCUGAAGCGACAAGGAGAAAUGGAGAACGGGACCGUUUGGUCCAACUCUUCUGAAUCCUCCGACGACUCCUCCAGCCCGGCGUUGGCUCACCACGCUCAGAGGCUCACGGCCUCCAACAUGCUGCAAACCACUCUCACCUCUCAGCUGUCGUUCACGCCGCACAAGUCCAGCGCGUCGACGCCGUCGCUCUCAUCCAACCAGGAGGAGGAUGAGACAGAAGCCGAGGAGGUUUUCUCUCAGACGGACGCGGUCCCCAACGGCCAUCUGCAGACUUCCUGCUCUCAUAGUCCGGACUGUACUGCGGUGGAUAGAGCGUCUAUCCAAUCAGCCGACCUCUCUGACACCUCAGCAGACCUGAGCUGCUCGUACCCCGACGUUUCCUCUGCACCUCCUGUGUCGCUGAUGGAGACACAGGGUUUGUGUGAAAGUGGCGUCCCACAAGUGUGUAUUUCAGCAGAGGAGGUGAAAGAGUCUGAGGAAUCGUCAGUGCAGGCUGGACAGACUGAAGCAGAAACAGAGGACCGCACCACUGACGCAGGAAAGGUAGAAGCAUUAGAGAAAUACAGCCAGUCCGUCCAGGAGUCAAAGCAACCGCAGGACGCUCCGACGGUUCCUUUUCCCGCUUCUUCUAGUUUCACUCUGGAAGUCGAGACGGCCCUUGAAAGUUUCGACUUUCUCAACUGCUCUGACUUCGAGGAAGAUGAGGAGGAAGAGAAAAACGAGGAACGACAGGAAGACGAAGGAGAAAAGAAAAAGGAGGAUGAUGCUGGGCAACAUGAAGAGAACCAAAACAAAAUGGAGGAAGAAGAAAAGGAUAAAGAUGACUUUUACUCUGGAGGAAGCGAUGAGGAGGAGGCUGACGGUCUACAGAUCCUUAUGGAAGCCCCAGAAGGUUUCAGGAACUCAGAUGAAGAUCGUUUCUCUGAAUCACAGGAAUCAAGCGUGGAGGACGUGCAGGAUCUGUGUCAGAUAGAGAUGCCCGAGGAGAAGGAGCACGGCGAGGAAAAGGGAGAUGAACAACACGGAGAGGACACGUCACACGGUCAGGAGGAGCGUCCCGCCACUCCCACACAUUUGGCCACUACAGUCUUCUAAGGGCACGGUGGAACCAUAGCUAAACCAUUUCUCCCACUUUGAUCUACUCAUGCCAUCUCCCCGUUACACUGCGGGAUCGGAGGCCUUGGGGAUAUUCCACUUACUGCUCAGACAAACAAGCUCUUCCAUUACGGCCGAGUUUGUGCACGUAUUUGCCUUGUUCUGACCAAGAACGAUAAACCUUGAGGUUUCUGCGGUUUGAAGUCCCUCCAAAGCCCUUCUUUCUUUCAACAUGUACUCCAUCACGUUGCCUGGGUUAAAGUGGGACACCACUUAGUUUACACUUUCAUAAACUGUUCCUGUCAUGUGCAAAUUCAAUGUCCAAAACAUUUCAGGAACAGCUAAAAGCGGCCUUGUUUUUGGCUUUAUUACAGUGCAUUUUUUAAGUAAUCUAAUUUUUUUUUAAUGGUUUUAUAAAUUCAAGUUGAUGGAUUUCUUCAAUCUCCAGAGAAGCAUACAAUCACUUACUGAGUUCCAUCAAGUUGAAUUCAAAGCAGUCAGUAUUUGUGGAUAUGAGGUUAUGAUUUUCAGUGUUAAAUCAGUGUACAGCCCAAAGCUCUUUCCACUGUUACAGGAAAAGACUUCAUGAGCAUGUGAUGUUUGUCUGAAGAUUUACAUUGACGUGCUGUGGACAUGAAGUCAUUUCCAAAACAGGAUCUUUUCAUUUUAGGCAUCCGAGACGGUUAACUAUUCAGAAAUACACAUGGAGUGCAGAAGUUACAACUCUCAGAGCGACACCAGAAACAGAAGUAAUAUUAGGACUGAAUAGAAAAGGAGUCUUGAGUUUCUCCUCAAUCAUUUUGGUCCAACAUGAAAACAAUCUGCAGUGUAAAAACUAUAUUCAAACCUGCAUGUGUAGCUGUCUCACACUGCCAGCAUGUCUGUAUAAAAAGCUCAACUGAUCAGUUUGUGUGUAAGCUAGGCUCCACUGCAAAGGAAGCCAUCGGGUCUGUAGCUGUGUACAAAAGCCGCCUCACGGGGGCGCUAUAGUCCUUCAGCAUCAUGCUUUACGUUGUUCUACAAAAGCCUCGUCAUUCAGAAAGUGCCUCAAGUGACAGAUGUAAGGUUUUAAAUGCCACGACAGGAGAGAUCAGGCAAAAGAUAAGUGUUUAUUUUCUGAAUUACUUUAAGAGUGUGCACAAUAAGAGAUAUUUACUGUUUCAUAUAAAGAAUUGUAUAUGUCUUGAAAUGUUAAAAUGUUUAUGUUCAGAAAUGUUUAAACUUUAUAAAGGUUUCUUUAAAAUGA